AUGAAGCAUAUAGAUAUUAGUGAAGGAGAUGAGAUACUAAAAGAGCAUAAAGCUGAUGAGAGAAAUAGGAAAGUAUGGUAUGAUUCUGAUGAUGAGAAUAUUAAAAUAGACAUUAGCAAAGUACCAAAAUAUAGAAAAUUAAGGAAAUCUGAAGAUGACAAGGUAUUAGAUGGUAUUAAGUAUAUGGAUAGGCUUAAGGAAUUUUAUAAUAAUAGAGUAAUGAAGGCAAAAGGAAAUAACUGGGUUUCAAAAGCUAGGAAACGGGCUAUACCUACUGAAGAAAUAUCUACUAGUGAUUCCUCUGAAGAUAGUGACAGUGACAAGGUACAAAAAUUAGGACAGAGAAAUAUUGCAAAGGUAUAUAGUAAUAAAUCUUCAGUUGGUAUUAUUGAAAGAUUUAUAGAGCGUAAUGGAUUAAGUAGAACUCAUACAUCAAUUCCCAGUACAAAUAUAGAUAUUAGGAGAUUACCUAAUGCAAAUAUUCAAUCACCAAGUAACUGCGUAAUACGUUCAUUAGAAUUUCAUCAAGGUGGUAAUUAUAAUAGUAAUGAAAAUGCAGAGACAUUACUAUCAGUAAGUGGAUGGGAUAAAACUGUCAAAUUAUUCCAAAUAGAUGGUAUAGAUAAUCCAAUGUUAACUUCGUUACAUUUCGAAAAUUUCCCAAUAUAUGAAUCUAAGUUUUCUACUAAUGGUGAUGAAAUGCUGAUAUUAGGACCUAAUAAAAGAAUAGGUAUUUAUAAUAUGAUAAGGGGUAGUAUAGAUUUUCUUCCUGGAAUAGCAGGACGUUCAGAUAAAAGAUACUGGAAUCUAACAAUUCAAAAUAUUAAAAAUACAGAUCCUUUAUUUGCUCUAUCCACGUAUAAUGGCAAUAUUUUGUUAUUAAACCAAAGAAACAAACAGUUGGUCCGAGUAUUCAAAUUAAAUGGGGUUGUUACAUCACUUUCAUUUCAUCCAUGUGACAGUAAUAUUUUGAUAUCAAGCAAUAACCAAGGAGAGUUAUAUUUGUGGGAUAUUAAUACUGGCCGUUGUAAACAAAGGUUAAUAGAUUAUGGAUCUUUGUCAAUUACAAAUUUGUCUACCUCAAAUUCAUUGAUAGAUCAAUCUAACUUAAAUUCCUAUAUAUUGACAGGAUCUAAAUCAGGUUAUGUAAAUAUUUAUGAUGCUUUUCCAGAUAAAUCGUUAGAUGUACCCAAAUAUUCAAUAGACAAUUUCACAACAAGCAUAUCAAGUAUAGCAGUUCAUCCUUCUAAUGAAAUUGCGGCUAUUUCAUCUAAAUGGUGUAAGGAUUCUUUAAAAAUAAUACAUUUGUCUACCGGAACUGUUUAUAAGAAUUGGCCUACCACUAGAACACCUUUAAAGUAUGUUAGUGCUUUAGAUUUUUCAAAGUAUAGUGGGUACCUUGCUAUUGGUAAUGAUAAAGGUGAAGUUCUGCUAUACCAAGUAUGCCAUUAUAUCUAG